GUUGACCUCAAACAAAAACCUCAAACACAAUUUCACAUCAGGAAUCGAGUAAUUAACACCACGUUCGGCUAACUCAAAGUAAAAUGUGUUACAACACAAAUCCUCUGAUUGAACAGAAUGGACUGAAAGCACUUAUGACUCAACAUCAGCUGUCACGUUAAGUCCCGUAGUAAUAGUCUGAUGCAAUUCUAGCCAGACCGUAAGCACCAGAACCGGUGCAAAUGUCGAAGGGACAACCGGUCGAAUUUGUUCGGACGUAAAAUAAAAUUUAUCUCCAUGAAGAUUGUAUUGCAAAAUAAGCUCCCGCUAGCGCAACGGUGUGCUACCGUGGCCAAGACCGUAUUGCACUUGAAAAACACCUUCUUUUGUUGUCUUACGUUCCCUGUCUCUCUCCGAUGGCUAGAAUUGCAUACUUCCAUGCAUCCAAUUGCAUCUUUCGCGCCGUCAUUGGCAUAUUACAUAACGAUGGCUCUGGCACCGUCCACGACGCAUGUUGCAAUUCGCGGGCCCUUGCAGGUGGAGGAUACCGAUAACCCACAAGCAUUACAUUUCUGCUGAUUAAUCACCCGCAAGGAGAAACAACUUAGGAGAGGCUUAAAACAACAACACAGUUAGCCACAGUCAGACGAUGAACUUCACCGCGACAUUCCGGUCGCUGCCAUUAUUUUAUGUUGACAUCUGUGCCUGUGUUGAUAUUUUAUUUUUUACACGAGAAGGCACGCAACUGUCUUUUUCAAGAGUGAAGGUCACGUUUCAUUCUUUCAAAACUAGCCAUGGGUGCAAUGAAUAAACAAAACCUGCGCACUGGAAAUGUUUGAAAUAAAAUGAAGUACACCAAGGCCAUCAGUCCGCCGGAUGACUACGUGUUUUCCUUAUCGGAUGAGCUGCGCAAGAUAGCAGAAGAAGAGCUGGGUGAAACGGACGAUCGGCGAGAGCAUGCCUUGCGAAUUUUGCGCGAGUGGGCUGAGAAAAACCCUCGCAUCGCAAAAAUUCGAAUGGAUUCCGUAUUUUUGCUCAAGUUCUUACGGGCCAAAAAAUUCUGCAUUCCGGUCGCACAGGAGAACAUCGAACGGUACAUUUUGCUAAGACACGCGAAAGAUGAACUGCUUUUCAAGAAUCUGGACUGCCAUCAACCAAGUUUGUCGAAACUACUCAAUUCAGGAUUCAUGUUUGCAUUACCCCGGCGUGACAGGAACGGACGAAGAGUAAUCUUCUAUCGUCCAGGCGUCUUCGAUUUGAACGAGUUCACUAAUGCCGACAUGCUACGAGUGGCUGGAAUUUGUGUGGAAACUCUAAUGGCUGAUGAAGAAAAUCAGAUACGUGGUGUGGUUCAUGCUGGAGUUGGAACGGGAAUCGGGUUGCAAUAUUUGACACUAUUCACGAUCAAAGAAGCGGUUAGGUUGGCCAAGAACGGAGAGCGGCUGGUUCCAAUGCGACACCGGGAAAUGCACGGUUGCAAUAUCAACCCUGCGUUGAAAAUUGCCGUUGAUUGGGGACUAACGUUGAUAUCGGAAAAACUCAGAAACCGCAUUUGUCUUUACACUGACAUUAAGGAAAUUCAGAUGGACAAAAGCCUGCUUCCAAAGGAGUACGGUGGGGUUAUGCCACUGGCGGAAAUGAUUCGCCUUUGGCGAGCAGAAGUGGACGCGUACCCAUCAACACUAUUGAGAGAUGACGAAAUGUCCGUACAUCUGCACAUGUACUCGGAAGCGGCACGAAACGGUUCCAUUAGAUCUUUAAAGCAGAGUCUGAACGGGUGCUCAGCUGAUACUGUGGAAAACAGCACCUAUGGUUUGGCAGGCAGCUUCCGUAAGCUGGAGGUCGAUUGAGGAAACUUGCUGAAUUAUAUUUAGACGUGGUUACACUCUCUUUUAGUUAAAAAAUCACAAGAAGGUUGUAUGCAAAGCCACGACCGCAAGGUUGAAGUAGAAUACUUUUACAAAAAAGAUAACCCGGCUGCUUGCGUGUCAGUUGGCAGUAUUGUAAUUUCUUUUUGUCUGAUAUUUUGAAUGAAGUUCAUUGAAUAUUCUUAAAUUUUGUGCAAAUGAGACGUUGAAGUGCUGCCGAAUUGUAAUAUGCACAUUUUAUACGACAUCAUUAAACGGGAACGGAACAAAGGCUACGGUUAUGCAGAACGCGAAUGCCGGCGCGAUGCGAUUCGCCUUACCGUGG